AUGGAAUAAAUGGCAGAUGCCAAUCACACCAAGAGCAUAGUCAAGGAAUUCAUUUUGUUUGGAAUCACUGAUAAUCCAGAUUUGCAGGUCCCUCUCUUUGUAGUAUUCCUUCUUUUCUAUGUUAUCACUGUGAUAGGAAAUCUGGGGAUCAUUAUCUUAAUCAGGACUGAUUCCCAGCUCCAUACUCCCAUGUACUUCUUCCUCAGCCACUUGGCUUUUGUUGACCUUUGCUAUUCCUCUGUCAUUGCCCCUAAAAUGCUGACAAACUUUUUAGCAGCUAAAAAAACCAUUUCUUACAAUGCAUGUGCAGCACAGUUGGGCUGCUUUCUAACAUUCAUGAUCACAGAGUGUUUCCUUCUGGCAGUGAUGGCAUAUGACCGCUAUGUGGCCAUCUGUAACCCACUGCUUUACCAAACUAUCAUGUCCCAGAAAGUGUGUAUCCAGCUAGUAGCUGCCCCUUAUAUAUACAGCUUUGGUGUUGCUCUGUUCCACACAAUAGUAACAUUCCAUUUGUCCUUCUGCUCUGCUAAUGUGAUCAAUCAUUUCUACUGUGAUGACCUCCCACUCCUGGCACUGUCUUGCUCUGACAUCAGCACCAAACAAAUCCUAAUCUAUGCGUUUGCUGGGUUUGACAUGAUAUGCUCCCUUCUCAUUGUGCUCAUCUCUUACAUUUUUAUCCUCUCUGCCAUCCUAAGAAUUCGUACUGCUCAAGGCCAACAUAAAGCCUUCUCCACCUGUGUUUCUCACCUGACAGCUGUAACUAUCUUCUAUGGAACUCUGAUCUUUAUGUAUUUGCAGCCCAGUACUAAUCAUUCACUAGAGACUGACAAAAUUGCUUCCAUCUUCUACGCACUGGUGAUUCCUAUGCUGAACCCUUUGAUCUACAGUCUGAGAAAUAAGGAAGUUAAGGAUGCUCUGAAGAGAUCAAUGGAAAGAAUUGCGGUUGUUCUCAGAUGA